AUGACUUCAAGUGAUGAUCUUCAAUUUUCAUUGGACACCAACUUCUCUUUGUUCUCGGACCCGUCCGAAACUUCUAAUGCUCUCACGAUGACUCAGAUGGGGAGUAGUGUACAGCAAGUUGAGAGAACUAAUGGGCCAACAAAUCUCAAUCCUAUGUUUCAAGAUCAUCCUUCUUUUCCAUGCAGGUUUCAGGAAGAGCGAUAUGAUGAAGACUUACUACUUGAAAAGCUACACCAUAUUCAUAGAAAUGAUCAGAUGCACCGACCUGAACCAUCGAACAUGCCUAUGCCACCAUACGUGGGGACUAUGUUAAGCAAUCAACACCGGAUUCCUAAUGCCUCGUAUUCAAACACUACACCGAACCCAAAGCCAGAAAGCUAUUCACCAUUUGCGCAUACGUCAUAUCAGUCUGACCCAUAUGCUUUUAAUUUCCAAAACUCAAGCUCAUUACAAACCACUUCUCGUCGACCCCGUGGAAGGCCAAGGAAAAAUCAGAUUCCGAUGUCUUUGGUAUGUACAAAUCAAACGCUCUUCACCUCUCCCAGACAUCAUGGCAUACAAGAUAAGGGGAAACAACCUAUUACAACAAUGCCGUUUUCGAACCUAACUCUCUACAAUCAAUAUCAAAAUUCAUACACAAACAUAAUGACCCAGCAGAGUGGAGUUUUAAGACAACGCAGUUGUUAUGAUCAACUUGAAAAUGAAAUCUCAUCCUCUAAAACAAGCAGGAUCAUGGGAACUUUCCAAGAAAAAUCAAUAGCAGAUUCGUCGACGGUUUCUUUUUGGCAAAAUAAAAACAUGCUUUCAAGUGCAGGCUAUGCAGCUAAUCACCAUGAAGAGAGAAUUUGGGUUUCAAUCGUUGCUCGAAUUCUGGAAAUUAAUAAAAUCCUGUGA